ACGUCAAGGAAAUCCCGGAAAUACUAAUAAGAAAGUGCAUUUGCGGACCAUUUCUGAGCUUCUUACGGUAACUUUUUGAUUCCAGUUCUGUUUGACACUUAGAGGAUGGCCACCGCGCCUCAGUCCUCACUUCAUAUGAGAUCGACUGAUCUCAUCAAGAGGGAGCCCCUGGACUAUGGUGGAUUUGGAGAGGUUUACUUGUGCUACCAUGUAACCCUUGGUGUUGUGGUGUUGAAGACGAUGUAUACAGGUCUUCUUCGCAAUGAAGAUAGCAAAAGAUCACUGCUGGAGGAGGGAAACAUCAUGGCAAGCCUGAACCAUGAGCGUGUGGUUAAGUUGCUAGGUGUGAUUAUGGAGGAUAGAGACUGCUCUCUUGUCAUGGAACUCCUUCCCCGAGGCAACCUGUUGGCCAUGCUGGAGAGAGUCAGUGUCCCAAUGUCCGUUAAGGGAAGAAUUAUCCUAGAGAUUUUGGAAGGGAUGGUUUACCUCACAGAAAGGCGUGUCAUACACAAGGACAUCAAGCCAGAAAACAUUUUAGUGGAUAAGGAUUUUCAUAUCAAGAUUGCAGACCUUGGCCUGGCCACCUGCCAGACAUGGAGCAGGCUCACAAAGGAGGAGUCCCGCAGGAAGAGUUGUAGUGGGCGGUCAGCUGGGAUGAGAGGUGCUGGCACACUAAGCUACAUGGCCCCGGAGCACCUUGAGAGUAUCCAUACAUCAUCUUCAGAAAAGUCUGACGUGUACAGUUUUGCAAUCGUUGUUUGGGUCAUUCUCACUGGGCAAGAACCAUAUGCAAAUGCCAGGAGUGAAGACCAAAUGAUCCAGUGUGUUCGCAACGGUGACCGACCGUCAGAGGACCUCAUUCCAGCGAACACGCCUGCAGAGAUAAUUCAGCUGAUGAAGAGAUGCUGGGACCAAAAUCCGCAGCAACGGCCAACUUUUAAAGAGGCUUACAAAAGUUUCCACCCUUUCUACUUGGAAAAGCUUGAACCACAUCUGGAAAAAGAUUUAUACUAUCUAAGGCAGAAAGACUACGAAGGCCCAGACGAACUUGUUGAAAAGAUGAAAUCGUUGUCAGUGACCCAUCAAUGUUUUUCGACAAGUGAGCACGAUUCUCCAGCUCCUUUGGUGAGUUCAGAUAGAAGUGUAUCUAUGCCAGUUGAAGCCAGUAUUGAGGACCUGCAUGAUGUCCAGUAUGAGCCAUUUGGGGAGUCGAUACAGACAGAUGCACAGAUACUUCAAAGUCCUUCGGAGUUGGAGGAGAAACUGGAACAAGAACUCCAGUACCACAAACAUGGGAGCUAUAAUUGCAAUGUCCAUCCUGAGGCUGCCAACUCCUAUCAUAACAACACCUCCAAUCCUUUCCUGCAAAACCGUUGUGAUGCCUUAGAUCACUCUCAGAGGCAGCCAGUACGAGACGGAUCCUCUGUCCAUUCCUGGACAAAAGCUGAGCCUGUGCAGCCCAGCUGCCAGGAUGAAGAUCCGUAUCGCCCCACCUCAAGGCUAUAUGACUCCAUGUGCACCUCAACCUCUCCCUCCCAUAUGCAUACGUCUGCCAGCACAUCUUCUUUGCCACCGUUUAACCAGCAACAUCCACUUUCCCACUUUCCCCGCCAGCAGUCCUGGCCAGCUAACCCGGUGUCCGAUAUCUUUGCCCCUGAUUUAAAUUCUCAGUGCUAUUUGACCACUUCAAAGAGUGCCCCACUACAGGAUCAAGGGUCUCUUUUCAUUCAGAAUGCCAGAGGGAUCCAGAUCGGAAACAACAAUACGAUGAGUAUCAGAGGUUAUGACACCCCUCCUAGCUCAUUGUGUCCAUCUUCUAAUGGCCCCAUACAAGAAGGAAUUCUUAAAUAUGAAGACCAUGCUGUUACAGAAGAGCACCUGGAUCUGCUGAGGGACAACAUUGGGAAUAAAUGGAAACGCUGUGCCCGCGGCCUGGGUCUGACUAGUGUGGAAAUAGAAACCAUAGAACAUGACUACCAACGUGACGGCCUGCCUGAGAUGGUGCACCAGAUGCUGGAGCGCUGGAAGAUGAAGGAGGGAUGUAUUGGACGCACAAUUGGGAAGCUUUGUAAAGCUCUGGAAGGAAACAUAAAGGUAGACGUCAUCCAGAAAAUACUGGACAUGUGCAGUUCAUCCCAUAUGGCAUAAACUUUUGAAACACAGCAGAUUUGCCUUUUUUUUCUUUUUUUUUUUACUUUUGACCACAUUUAUUUGAACUGUUCUCAAGCCUGAGAGGCUCGUCUCAACCCAAACUCACAAAACAACAGAAAAUAGGAGGUUUGGUUUUAUGUGCAGUGACUUUGCAAAUAUGGGGCUGAUGGUAAAAUACUACAGUAAAACUGGUCUCAAUAUUUUUAAAAAGAGAACUCACAAAAUUAAUUUAAACAUGAUUUGAAUUGGGGAAUAUUUUUUUUUAUUUACACUUAUGAUGUAUAUGUAAGUGAGUUCCAUCUGACAGUCACUUAAAAGAAAUAAAUCAAAAUAACAUUGUUAUUAUUAUUGCUACAAAUCUAGGACCUAUUUUCAAAUGUCUGCUUGACUUUUUCUCCCAUUUCUGUCAUGAUUAGCAGAAGAUGUACAUUUAUUCUGCUCACUUUGUAAUUAUAAUAUGCUGAUGAUCAUCAUACUGUGGAGUCAAAGCCAAGAUUUUGUAAAACAGAUACUUUCAGAAAGUAUUUUGUACAAUUUUUUUUUUAUUUUUGUUUGUUUUUGUUUUUUUUCUUGUGGAAAUUUUAUUGUUUGAUAGCAUUAUGAAGAUCAACUAUGUUCAUAGUUACUUCCAUUUUUACAGAAUAAUGAACAUGUAUUCAGAACCAAUCAAAUGAUGUGUGGUAAAUACUUAUUCCAACACAAUGACCCCAGACAUAACAAUGGUGAGGCCAGUGAGCCUUAAGAAAAGUUGCAAACAUUAGUGAAGUUAUAAGAAAGAAUGAGAUGUAAACUGUACUAAAGCAUUCAAAUAUCGCCCCAUAAUAUUCCUGUAACACACGUGCAGUCAUGAGGAAAGUUUUCUUCACGUUCUAGGGUUGCUGCAUAUUAUAUACUACCAUGAAUGUAAUUUCCACAAAAGACAGUAAAAUAAAAAGAUGAAUGUAUUUCUUAUUAACUGUUUGUUUCGAUGUUCAAAGCUGGACCUACUGUAAUAAUGUCUCAUUACUGUUUAAUUAGCUGUUGUUGCUGUACCAUACCAAGCAUUUUGGAUUAUGAGCUACUUUUCUCAGCAGCUGAGAAUUUUAUUAUCCUUAAAAUGUGCUCACUUCCUCUUUAAGUCAGUAUUGAAUUUAAUGACGUUGGUCUUGAGGUUGUUUGUGCUGCAUAAUAUCUGUGAUCUUCUGGAAUGUCAAACCACAUUAGUAAUAAAUGAUUUGUAUUUGUUUCUAAAA